AUGGCCGACCUCUCAAGCCUAUUCAACUCCCCCCCCCACUCUCCCCCUCCCCCUCCUCGCCCCCAGUCCCGGUCCCGGUCCACAACCCCCUCCACACCCCUCCGCCCCACCAGGCCCAGGCCAGAGCAAGAAGCCCUCUUCUUUUCCCCUUCCGCCUCCCAGUUCGGCUCUCCCUCCGCCUCCGCCUCCCAAGGUCAAAGAUGGCAGCCGGCUCAAGAAUCUAGCGAUACCACGACCGCCGGCGCCGGCGCGGCCGGCGGAGGAAGGGACCAAGCGCGGCGCGUCGAAGGUCGCCGCGAAGACGGAGGGGGGAUCGUAAGGGUGCGGCACGCAGUCAACGUAGUCGACUCCGUCGACCCCCUACCGAGGGAUACUUCCUCUACUUCCCGCGGCGGCGGUGGAGGAGGAGGGGCGUUUGCUGGGGUUUAUGGGGCUAUCACAGAUCCCUUAGCUGGUGCUUCCGGCGCCGGAGGAGAUGGUGGGGAUGAAGGGGAAGAGGAAGGAGGGGAGAAGAAGAGGAGGCCUGUUGCAAAGGUUGAUGCUGAUCGGCUGUUAUCAGAGACUACUGGAUUACCUGCUCUUAUGCGCUCUGCUAAAAAGUUCAAGACGCAUGGUAAAGGUCGCGAGAAAGACGACCUCCGAAACCUCCUACACAUGUACCAAAUGUGGGCACACGGCAUGUUCCCGAAAGGAUCCUUUGCGCAGACGAUGGAUCGGACUGAAAAGGUCUGCCGCACACGGCGGAUGGAAUCGGCGAUAGGGGGAUUGAGCGAUGCAUUCCACGGUCGACGUUCUCCCUCGCCUCGCUUCUCGCCUGGUGCCUCACCCACCCGCUCAAGGUCGAGGUCAAGGUCAAAGUCGCCUUCUCGCGCGCGAGAAGCAUCAACCCAAGAACCCCUGUUUGCAGAGACGGGUGGGGAAGACACGUGGGAUGGGCCAGACAUGUACGAGUUGAUGGCGAUGGAAGCGCAAGAAGCUCUAGAAGCGCAGCAAGGGCAUCAGGCGGCAGUGGAAGAAGACGAGUUUGAUGGGCUGUAUGAUUAGAGUUUUGGG